ACAUAUAUUAUUAAUAAGAAUAUAAUAAUCAGUACUUAUAAGGAAAAUUUUUUUAUACAACCCUAUCUUAACUUUAAUAUUGGUACUUAGUUCCAUACCCUGUUUCUUCCUUAGUUGGAUAUAAGGUGGUAACGUUCAUUCAUUCACUAUUUUCAUCCAUUCAAUAAUAAUUUUUUUUUUCAGUUCAUCUUUAUUUUAGCAUCACCCUGUACCGAUGGGUUUAUUAUCUUUGGGAACUCCCUUAGAUUGGCAUGAUUCAAAGAAAUAUAAUGAACAUGUUCGUGAUAAUGGUAUAACUCAACUCAUUAAUAUCUUUAAACAACACGCUCAAUCAAGAAAUAAUGAUAAAUAUCUUUGGGGUGAUGAAGUUGAAUAUAUGUUGGUAACAAUCGAUGAUAAAAAUCAAUGGGCUCGUUUAACUAUAGAUAAAGAUUAUAUCUUAGAUGAUUUAAAUGAUCCUGAGAAAUCAUUAUCAAAAUCUCUUGAUAAUAAUGUUUUAUUUCAUCCUGAAUAUGGUAGAUUUAUGAUUGAAGCAACUCCUGCUAAACCUUAUGAUGGUGAUUCAUUAGAUGAUUAUGUUUAUGUUGAACAGAAUAUGAUAAAGAGAAGAGAUAUAAGUCAAUCUGAAUUACCUGAUAAUAUCAGACCAAUAACUUUAACAACUUUCCCAAGAAUGGGUUGUGGAAUUUUUACAUCUCCAGCAGCAAAACCAAUAGGUCCAGCUUCUCAAUCUUUAUUCUUACCAGAUGAAAUUAUAAAUCGUCAUGUAAGAUUCCCAACAUUAACAGCCAAUAUUAGAAAGAGAAGAUCUUGUAAAGUAGCUAUUAAUUUACCUUUAUAUCCUGAUAGAUAUACUAAGUUAUUAGAUGAUUCCAUUCCUAAAGAUAGAGAUUUAUUCUUAAGUGAUAAAGAGCCCUUUAUUGGAGCUUCAAAACCAGGUCAUGUUUAUAUGGAUUCCAUGGGUUUUGGUAUGGGGUCAAGUUGUUUACAAAUUACUAUGCAAGGUAAAAAUAUUGAAGAAGCUAGAUAUCUUUAUGAUUCUUUAGCCCCAAUUACUCCUAUUAUGUUAAGUUUAUCAGCAGCUGCCCCAAUUUUUAAAGGAUUCUUAGUUAAUCAAGAUGUUAGAUGGAAUGUUGUUAGUGGAUCUGUUGAUGAUAGAACUUUUAUUGAAAGAGAUAUUAAACCAUAUCCAGAAUAUAAUUUAUUUGGAGGAUUAAAUGUUGAUCAAAAUUCAAAAUUAUCUAGUAAACAUAGAGUCACUAAUGAAUUCGGAGAUUGGAGUGGACUCUUUACUAAAGAAGGUAAACCUAUUCAAAAAGUUCCAAAAUCAAGAUAUGAUUCUAUUGAUGCAUAUUUAGCAGAUGUUAAUUAUUCCACUAAUUACUUUAAGGAUAAAUUUAAUGAUAUUUCUCCUCCAAUAAAUCAAAAAAUUUACAAUCGAUUAAUUGAUGAAAAAUCAAAAUUGUUUGAUAGUCAUCUUGCCAAACAUUUUGCACAUUUAUUUAUUCGUGAUCCUCUAGUAAUUUUUAGUGAAAGAGUUAAUCAAAAUAAUGAAUUAGAGAAUGAUCAUUUUGAAAACAUUCAAUCAACAAAUUGGCAAACAUUAAGAUUCAAACCUCCUGCAUUAUAUGAACCAAAUACUGAUUUAAGUAAUACUCCUGGUUGGAGAGUUGAAUUCCGUCCUAUGGAAAUUCAAUUAACUGAUUUUGAAAAUGCUGCAUAUUCUAAUUUCAUAUCAUUAUUAUCUAAAUCUAUUAUUAAAUUCCAACCAAAUUUUUAUAUUCCAAUUCUGAAAAUUGAAGAAAAUAUGGAGACUGCUCAUAAGGUUGAUUCAGUAAUUAAAGAACAAUUCUGGUUUAAAAGUUUAGAUCAAUGGAAUCUUGAUAGUGGAGAUUUUAUUGGCUAUGAUUUAUCAUGGUUUGAUAGAUUCUUAAACGCUGGAAAUGAUGAAUUAGAAGUUGGAGAAGUUUAUGUUAAUGGAUAUUCAUUAAAUGGAGCUAUAAUAAAUAAAGAACAAAGAACUCAACUUAAUGGUAGUGUAUCAAUGUCUACAUCAUCUACUGCAUCUUCAUCAAUAAGUUCUAGUGGACAAACUUCACCAAUUAAUAGAGUUAGUACUAGUCGUAAAACUAUAGCUGCUACAGCUGAUAUUGAUGAUGGAGGUAUUGAUCAAAGAUAUACUAUUAAUGAAAUUAUUAAUGGUACAGAUAAAUUCCCUGGAUUAAUUAGAUUAAUUAUUAAACUUAUUGCUACUGAUUUAGUACCAAAAAGUCAAACUCAUCAUUGUGAAAGUCAAGAAUUAGCAAAGAGUUUAAUAAGAAUUAAGCAUUAUUUAAUUUUAAUCUCCAAUAGAGCUAGUGGUAAAAUACCUACUAUUGCUAAUUGGUUAAGAUCUAAAGUAUUAAAAUCGGAAUUAUAUCAUGAAGAUUCCAAAGUUAGUGAACAAUUAAAUUAUAAAUUAGUUAAGGAUUCACUUGCAGUAACUGAUUUAAGUGAUGAAAGAUUAGUACGUGAAGUACUUGGAGAGAUUGUAACUGAUUACUUAUUAAACAAUAACUCUGUUUAGAUAUAAACAAUCGUAUUAGUAAUAAUAAUAAUAAGAAUAAUUAUGAUAUAAUAAUAAUCUAUAGACUAAUUUAAUUACAAUUAAUAUUUAUUUAAUUAGUAUUUAAUUACUCACAGUACAGUUUGCAGCUAAAAAAAAAAAAUAGAUGAGUAUUUGUAGUGCCCCAUUUCCUGCACAUACGGUUUUACCUAAUUGGGGAAACCGACUGGAAUUCCUCGUUGACCUACACUACACGACCAGACAUUGUCUGGGUUUUGUU